AAGGACAGUUCGUGCACAUCGUCCUCGUCCUCGUCCUCGUCCUCGUCUUCCCCUCGCCUUACUCGUCAUCCACUCGUCUUGCCGCCGCCGCCUGAUCGGUCACGUGACGGACGUAAUGUAUUAUAUUCGCGCAUGCGUACAACACAGAGUUAUCAGUCAUAUGAUACCAUAUUAUUGUACAUAUACCAUAUUAUUGUACAUACACCAUAUUAUUGUACAUAUACCAUAUUAUUGUACAUAUACCAUAUUAUUGUACAUAUACCAUAUUAUUGUACAUAUACCAUAUUAUUGUACACACACCAUAUUAUUGUGCAUAUUAUUGUAAUAUUUUUUCUAUCAAUAAAUAUUGAAAAAAGGCUUUGGAGAGAUUCGAACUCUCGAUCUCCGUCUUACAUUCUGGCGCUUUAACCCACUCAGCCACAAAGCCGUAAUACCAAUAGAAUGAUUCUUAACGUAUAUAGCUACGAAUAUUAUUGUACACAUCUCUAUGUAAUAACUGGUUGAUACAUUUAUGUAUCAAGGACUUAUGUUACAUUUAAAAAUAAUAUACUUGUACAAUUUUAUAAAAAUAAUAUUAUUAUCAUCAUAUAAUAACAUAUUUAUAAAAAUGUAACAUAAAAUUCAGGGUAAGUCGACAUCUCUUUUAAGGUUUCAUCGAGCGUUUUGUAUUCAUGAAUCAUCUUAGAAACCCAGAUGUUAGACUAGUCGUGUUUUUAACGUUGAUCCGUACAUUUAUGUAAUUUUGUCCUUUUAUUAGUUUUGUUUAUAUUUUUAUAUUUUAUAAAAUAAUUAUGUGUCGUGUAAUUCUCGAAGUCGACAUCACACCUAACAGACGAAUUUUACAAAAUGCGUAAGUGUUAGUAAUUUUUAAUUAUUUAGCUAUAUAUUUAUAUAUAUAUUUUUUUUAUUCAGUGAGAUAAUUGACUCGCCAGUCGUUCGGGUAGCCAACCCUGACACUAUUAUUUAUUUAAGACGGUUGCACCAAGAAUACUCACUAAUAAAUAAUUCAGGCGAGAGGAGGAGGAUAUGGUCAGCACAUGCGAGAUCGGUUUCUUUACGGUGUAAUGUAGAAUUGAGAGUUGUGUGUAUGUUAAUGCGUGAUAGUCACUAUGAUCGAUCGAUUCCUGAAGAUGAGAUUAUAGUAAGUUUAAAAAUACGAAUAUUCAAAUAUUGUAGAUAAUAUGAUUAGAUUUACUAAUAUCAGUUAAUUUAUUAUAGAUUCAAUUAUCGUUUCGUGUUUUGAUACAGUCAUCUAGAUCGAUCCGUAGGCAUACACAAUAUUAUAUUAUAAUGCAGUUAGUUUACGGGUUCCGAAGAAUAGCGAUGUUUGAUUCGGAACGUAUUAGGGAUCAAAUAGAAACAGAAUGGACGAUGAAUGUUUUAACCAUUCUGACAUAUCUACAUUUUGAUCUAUACACUUCUCGUUUUAUUCUUCAAAGAAUAAGAAAUCUAAACUAACUUAUUUACUAAAAUUAAUGAACUAAUAAAUAAUAUUUUCCUUAUUACCAUACAUCAGUUUAUAUUAUUUCAGAAAAACUAUAUGCUCACUACCUUUACUAGCAUAAUAUCUAUUUUUACCUAGCAUAAUGUUUCUCGAAAUAUUCAAAAAUAUUUCAAAAAACCAUAAUUCUAUCAAAGUAAAUGUUUAAAUAAAAUGUUUCUCCCCCUUCUUCACUAUAAAAAUGUUUGAAAUCGACGGACGGUCGGUACCUUACCCCGUGUGGGUAUGACCGGUCAGUGUGUAUCCAGUCUUCAGUCCGGUGUACACACAUUUCGCGAUAGUUUUUUACAUCAGAUUUCUUCAGAUACGAAAUUAUCUACUUAUACGAGAUUUUUAUUUACCAUAGUAGGUAUUAAUUAUUAUUAUUAUUUUUUUUUUUUUUAUAUUUCGUUUGUCAUUACCGGAAAAAAUGUGAGUAUUUUGUUUUAUAUUAUUCAUAAGAUAUUUAAGAAUUACAUAUAAUUUAUUCGACUUUUAGAUGUCUAACAAUUCUUCACCGAGUACUCCGGUGUAUGAAGGAGAUGAGUUUAAUAGACGUCUGGCGGGGAUACCUAUGGAGGGUAGCCAAAACACGGAUCACCAGUCUCCAGUUGUCAUUGAAGGCAACUUUUUCAUGUAUGGUGAGAUGACUCAAUCCGGAGAUAGUGGUUACUCCACUAACCCGAGCACGCAGGUUGAAAAUCGUGACUGGCAUAGAGCUUAUUCUCCUUUUAGUCCCUCUGCAAGUCCACCUCAACUAUCACAGAUGGAGAAUCGGGUACGAUCUUUGUCUCCGGAUCAACCUGUUUUUAUGGAGGAAGUUUCGCCCGAUAUGUUCCCGCCGACAACACCGAGGGCAUACGCACUGAGGGUGAGAAACGAUCUCUUCCCGGAGGUAGUUUCUCAGCCCAUGGUACCCCCCGAAUUCAACUUGUUAAUUGUCGGGGAAAUUAUGAACACGUCGCGGCAUUCUGGAGGGCAAUCACCAGAAAUGGAUUGGAGUGAUGACGGAAAUGAUGAGGAGUUUAUCCGUCAUAUGGAGGCAUAUGAAGAAGAUGAAGAGCUGAACCGGUAUAUGGAUUUGUAUGAAGGGGGGAAGUAAUGA